CUGGCGCUCCCCUCCCCCGACCCCACUAUGCCCUCCCUUGCACAGGUCCGCGCCGCCAACGCAGCGUACAAGCCCGCCUACGUCCCGGUCGCGCUCUUUGUCGGCGGCACCUCCGGCGUCGGGCAGGCCUGCGCGAAGGCCUUCGCGUGCGUCACGAACGGCAACGCGCACAUCAUCGUCUGUGGGCGCAACCGCGCCGCGGGCGAGGCGACCAUCGCGUCCUUCCCCAAGCCCCCCGCCUCGUCUUCGGCAUGGAAGCACGAGUUCGUCGAGUGCGAUGUGAGCUUGAUGAAGAACGUCCACCGAACGACGACGGAGCUCCUGGAGCGGCUGGAGAAGCUGAAUUUCUUGUCUGUCUCGCCGGGCAUUGUGACGAUGAGCGGGCGGACGGAGACGGAGGAGGGCUUGGAUAAGAAGAUGGCGCUGCAUUAUUACGCGCGGUGGAAGUUCAUCCACGACUUGAUGCCCCUGUUGCGGAAGGCGAAGGAGAAGGGGGAGGAUGCGAGCGUCAUGACGAUUCUGGGCGCAGGGCGGGGCGGACCCAUUGAUCUCAACGAUCUCGGGGUGAAGAAGAACUAUACGCUGGGGAACGCGGCGAAGACCACAAACACUUACAACGACCUCAUGCUCGAGGCCUUCCACGAACAAAAUCCCGACAUCGGCUUUACCCACCAGCACCCGGGCGCCGUCAACACCAACAUCCUCAAGCACUCCGACAUCCCCGGCAAAUCUAUCAUGCAGUACGCGCUGUACCCGCUCGCCGCGGCGCUCACGCGCUCCCCGGAGGAGGCGGGGCACUACCUGCUCUACGGGCUGCUCCAGGGUGCGCAGAAGGGCGGCGUGUACCGGCGCGACCCGCACGGCGUGGACAUCGGGAAGGACAAGUACUUCGGGAGCGAGGAGGCAGUGAAGAAGGUGUGGGAGCAUACGGUUGAGGCGACGAAGGUGGAAUGAUGUGUUUUGGUGCGAAGUUCUGGUUUCGCGUUUUGUAUACUAUUAUCAUAUUUCAAGGACUCGGAUAAACUAAUGGAUGGUUGUAUGUUGUAAAAGGUUGUCUACAUCAUAUGAGAGUCCUCGGGACUGAAGCCCAGUCAAAACCUGCUGUUUUGCCCCCGUUUACCAACCUUUAGAAGCAUUUAGAUAGUAUUGCUACCCUUUGUAAGUCAAUAAACGGC